GAGAAGGAGCAGGUGCAAGAGCUGGAGUAGGGGGACUGUGAGGGUCCUUAAGGGAUUUCCCUACUAAGCAUCUCUGGUUAAGUCUUUGGUCGUUGGACAGAGCCACUGAAACAGGCCUCCCCCGGGGUGGUCACAGGGAGGCAGCACGCGCACCUCCCUCGUAGGCGCGCCUCUUCUCUCAGCCCCCCUCGGCGCGCUCCCGGCUCUGGAUCAAGCGCGAGCACGCGCAUCCUGGGCUCUCCCUGCCCGCGGCUGAGGGGCGGGGCCGCGGCCAGGCUCCCCAGGCACUGUCGCCUGCAGCCCCCUCCCCUUGCCUUCUCGCCGCUCCCCGCCACAGCUGCUCCGGCCCAGCCCCACCCCAGGCGACCCUGCGUGGAGCGGCUCGUGGCCAGAGGCGUAGGUGCCUGGGGAACCUGGGGGAGGACGCUGGUGAAUCCCACUCGGUGUGCGUUCGGAGGACCCUGAAUCUGGAAGUCCUGUUUUGGGGGACUGGUCGUUUGGGUCUCCGAGAGGCGAGGGGUGCAAUAUGGACAAGAGGGAUAAGGUCAAGGCAGGAGCUGCCCUGCGGAUGCCAGUUUCACGACCUCCAGGCCUUCUGACCCCUAAGCCUCCUGGAUCCCCUCGACCUCCUCCCCCUGUAACCACCGCUGCCCUUCGAGUCCUGGAAGCAAAUGGAGCUGUGGGGCGAAGGCCCCCGGUGGAGCGAGCCGCGGGCAUCGGCAAAACAGCUCUUCCACAGACAGCUGUGCAGGGGGCACCAGCGCGCAGCAGCGUUGGGGCAGGUCCUCGCAGCACAGCCUCCAGGCCCGCAGCUUCUGGGAAAGGAGAGAAGGCCCCGGUGAAGACCUCCGGCCAGGGUUCUAUUUCUAGCUCCGGGCGUGCCAGCAGUGGGAUCACCAGACCAGGCCCUGCUGUCCAGAAGGGACCCCAACCCCCGACUAAGGAGCCCGUGGUCAGAGGUAAAGCACCAGAGGCACCCAAAAGGAACACUCUGAGCUCUGGAACGCGAAGAGAUUCUUUAGGACCCACCUCAGGAACCUCUUCUCCUGCCAUCCCUCGUCGGUCCAGACCUCCGGCUACAGAGGUGGGAAUUCCUCGACCAGUUCCCAGUGCCCGGCAGCGUCCCCUGACCACCGAGGCACCCAGGAAACCUGUGAGCAGUGCUGUGGAGCGCAGUGUCCCGGAGCUGAGCCCAGCCUUGAAGAGGCGCUCUGCCGCUGGUGGCAGCCUGCAGAAGCCGGCCUCCCGUUCCCUGAGCUCCAGUGCUACUCCUCAGCUCUCUCCAGCUCGCUCUGGGGUCUCUCCACGUGCCACCCCCCGGGCUCCUGCACACACCUCUCAGCUCAAGUCGAAAGGGCAACAAGCUCUGCGCCCACCCCAGACCACAGUCCCAAGGAAGGACAGAACCUCUGCACAGAGUCUACUUUCUGCUUCAUCUUUAGUCACGCCCGCUCCACCUGGAGCCUCCACACCUCAGGCUGCCUCUGUCCAGGUCCUAGAGGAUCCGCUGAAGGCCGCGCUCCCUCCCUCUCCACCCGCCACCCCCCCUCUACCUGCUGCUCUUUCACUCCAGGCCCAGUCCUCAGCACAGGCAACACCCCAAUCACAGGCCAUAAACUGCCCACCAUCACCUCCCCCGCUUUCUUUGCAGAACCUCCCCUCCCCACCAGCCACGCCCCCUUUGCAAGCUCCACCCACAAGCCUGGGUCCUGAAGAGGCCUCUGACUCACCCCCACCAAUGGCCGUGAUCUCUCCAUCGCUUUCACCUCUUGUCCAGAGUAUGCCCUGCAACCAGGCUUCUUCAGCUUCUCCCCCUCCGGAGACUCUCUCUGCCACUCCUUUCUCACCUACACCCCCACCUCUAGCCACGCCUCCUCCACCAGUCCUUCCUUCACCGCCAGUUUCCCCGCAGAAUCAGCCUACGCCCCUGAUCACACCCUCUCCGUCCACUCUGUCCGCUCUAACUACGCCCCUUUUGCCGGCCAACUUUUCUGGGUCUCCUCUCCUUCUCCAGGACACGCCCUCUAAUCGAACCACGCCUCCUUUGCAAGACACUCUGUUUCUGGCCAUUUCUCCUCCAGUUUCUCCCUCCCCUUCCUCCUCCCCACCUCUGAAUGUCCCUCCCUCUCCCGUGGUCACGCCUCCUCUGAGGCUCUCACCACCCCUGAUUUUGCCCACUUCACAGGCUUCUUUGUCGACCUCGACACCCUCCCGGGCCUCGUCGCCCCAGCAGGCCACGCCUGCUCCUUUGGUUGUGUCACCGCUGCCGUCCCCACUGCCUUUGGGCUCACCCCCUCUGAAGGCCUCGCUCUCUGUCACGCCCACAUCCCCUGUGCAGGCACACUCUCUACCCUCGCCUCCCUUGCAGGCGCCUUCUCUGGCUACAUAUCCUUCGCCUCUUCCCUCGUCCCCGGCCUCACCUCCUCUGCCAGCUCUUCUCUCACCUCCUGCUUCACCUCCUCUAGAGCGCCCUCUUUCUCCUUCACCCUUACCUCCGUCUCCCUUGGCAACGCCCCCACCAGAAGCCCUACCUUCACUGGAUUCACCCACUCCUCUGACUUCGCCCCCUCCGCAGGACCCCUCUUCUCCGGCUUUGCCCUCUCUGCAGGCUCCCUCCUCCCCGCCGGCCACGGCGCCACCUCCCCUACAGGUUCCCCUCUUGGCUUUGCCUCCUCUCCAGACCCCGCCCUCUCCUCUGGCCACGCCCCCUCCUGGCCUGACCUCGCCCCUUGUUCAGCCUCCUUCUCCUCCUGCCUCACCCCCACUGCAAGCUCCUCGUCGACCCCCGACUCCAGGUCCAGAUGUCCCGAUCUCAAGUCCACGGCUGACCCUGUCGCUGGCCCCUGCCCCGCCACCUCCACCCUCGCGAAGCCCGUCCAGUACACUGAGUGGCCCGGACCUGGCAGGCCACAGCAGCAGCGCCACGAGCACGCCGGAGGAGCUCCGUGGCUACGACAGCGGGCCCGAGGGCUGCGCCACAGUCUCCCCGGCCGCAGACGCGGAGCUAGCGGCCUGCCACCCGGCCUCCUGGAGUCGAGGUCCUGCUCCACCGUUGGCAGUGCGUGGCGCUCCAGGAGUUCCUCUGCCGUGGCCUCCCGCUGCCUGCGCGGGCUCCUCUGACGGCCUGUGCACCAUCUACGAAGCUGAAGGACCAGAGUCGGUGGCCCCUACCCCUGGAUCCCUAGAUGCGGAACCGGAGCCGGAGCCGAAGCCGGGCUCUGGCGGUGGGAAGGCAACUGCUGCCCCGGGCUCAGGAGCAUCCUCGAGAAGCCCCAAAUCGGCUCGCCUUGGCGAGCUGCCGCUAGGGGCGCUGCAGGCGAGCGUAGUACAGCACCUGCUGAGCCGGACGCUGUUGCUAGCGGCAGCCGAGGGUGCAGCUGCCGGCAGUGAAGGAGGUUCAGGAGGCCCAGGGGGUGGUGGUGUCCCGGGGGGAUCCCGGGCUCCGCUUAGCGAUGCCGAAUUGGGCCGCUGGGCCGAAUUGCUGUCUCCCUUGGACGAGUCGCGUGCCAGCAUCACUUCAGUCACCAGCUUCUCCCCGGACGACGUGGCCUCCCCACAGGGUGAUUGGACUGUAGUGGAAGUGGAGACUUUUCAUUGAGCCAGACCCCAGCCCCGCUCAUCAUACACAUACCGCUUUAGAGUCCACCCUUCCGGUUACACCUCUUUUGCCUUAGUCUCCGCUCUCACUGGAUGGAUAUUUUUUUAAACCUCUAGAGCCCAGUCUUUGGGCCCAGGCCAUGCCCCUAUCCUUCCUUGGUUUAAGCUUGGAACACACCUACAAGUAGGCCUAGGCCUUCCAUUUGCGCUUGUAUUUGGCCUAAGCCACAGCCCUCUAAGGAGCCACGCCACACCCUAUGUUCAGUGGAUAAAUAGCCUCGCAUACCAAUAGCCUCAUUUUCAGUAAAACCAGAGAUGCUGGCACCUGGGUGCCAUGGUGAUGGGAGCUGGGAAAGGGCCACAUAUGUAGCGGUGCAGUUCAAAGGUCCAGGCUACACCAUGCUGCUGGGUGUGCCUGAGCAAGUCGGAGCUCUGGCUGAACAGUGUGACUUGUCUACAGCAAGGUGGUUGGUGAGAUAGUGGUCUUGUGCUCUUUUGGGUCACUUCUAAUGAAAACGUUAGGCCCAGGGAGGCCUGAGUGGAUGAGCUGGUGAUCAAACUGGGGAGCCACCAAAGCUCUUCUAACCCUGGAUGUGGGGUAAUUCGCUCUCCUGGGUAUCCCUUGUUACAGCCCCUAUGCCCUGUGUGCACCCCUUCUCUUUUGUGCUUGAGUUGGGCCCGGAGGAUGAACUCGAGUGGAGAGGAAGGGUGAGUCCUUGCCUUCAUCUCUUACUUCUCCCUCUGUGAUGGGUAGUGCCAAGUUGUAAAAUGUGAAAAACCCCUGAAAGAUGGGCCCCUUGGCAUGCCUGUCGGGGGGGGGGGUUAGCUUGCUUAGGCUUAGGUGGAAACACCUACCCAUUGUGGGUGGCACCAUACCCUGGCUGAGAUCCUGGGCUGUGUAAGCAGAGAGCUGGGCAGCAGCAUGCAUUCACUGCUCUUUGUGACUGACUGCUUCCAGCUCCCGUUACCUUGACUUCCCCACAGUGAUAGACUGUACCCUGAACUGUGAGCCAGAAUAAACCCUUCCUCCCUUAAGUUGCUUUUGUCAAGGUGAUUUAUCACAGUUAAGGGAAAUAAACGGAGACAAUCUCCCUCUCCUGCAGU